AUGGAAGACCAUAUUGAGAUAUCAAUUAAUGAUAAAGAUCAUUUAAUAACAGAAUCGACAUUAUUUACAACAUAUGCAGCAAUUAGUCAGGAUGAGUCAUUUAUAGCUGUCCUUGACAAUAAAAAAAAUAAAGAGCUUGCCGAAGAGCAUUCUGUUCCAUUAACAUCUACUAAAUUUACUGAUUUGAUGAAAUCAGAUGAAUUUUCAAGUUGGUUUGUCGCUGUGUCAAAUGAGCAUCAAGAAAAAUUUAGAUUGAUUGCUAUAUCAUGCAUAAGCAAUAACGAUAUGCAAGAUCUGCAAGAUCAAAAGAAUCCAAGUAGGUGUGGUUUUACCAAAAUAUGGAUGAUUAGAAGCGAUUUUGAAAACUUUGAUAUGGAAUGUAAAGUAGAAAUAGAUGAUGGUGGAAUAAUCCAAUUUCUUUUUGAAACCGACGAAUUCACGCUUGUCUUGCUAAAAGGAAAUGGUAUAUAUAAACAUCGUUUAUGGUAUUCAUCUGUUCACAUGCAAUUUCGACAUGAGAUUUUAGCAUUUCAUUAUUCGGAAAGAAUAAUUAAUGCAUUGAAGUAUAAUUGUAGUGAAUCCGUUAGUAUGCAUUUUAUAACACCAUCAAGCGAUGUAAUACGUAAAUAUCUUUUGAGAUGUUUAAAUAGUCAUUACUUAUUAGUAGACACUUUUGAAAGAGAUCCUGACAAAAAUAUAGAACUUUAUGACUUAAGAACUAAUCAAUUAAUAAAUGUAUUUAAAAGGAAUAAAGUUGUUUUAUCAAUUCUGGAUCGUGAAAGACCUGGUGCAUUCGCGGUGUCUGGCGAUGAAAAGCUAUUGGCGUACGCGUCUGAAAAUGAUAUUAAAAUCUACAUGAUAGAAAAUGGACUCGACUUAUCAUCUUUAUCAUUUGAAAGUGGUAUUUUUACUGUGAAGUUUAUAAAAUUCGUCUUUGAUAAUGAAAAAUUAUUGAUAUUCAAAAAUGAUAGGACGGCGGCGGUCUGGGAUAUUUUUAAUACUAUCAGAGAAUUUAUCGAAUUUAUACCUUUGGAAAAAAAUAUAUCGCCGGGUUUAAUUAAGAGUAUGACGAGAAUUGUUAUUGGCCCUAUAUCGGAAAAUGACUCUUUCAUAAUUCUUAAUAUAAGGCCAUACUUCGAAGAUGAUCAAAUAGUUUGGGAUAACUUGAUUCUGAGUGAACAUUUGAGAAGAUCAGAUCCUGAUUCAGGUUGGAAAGAAUUAGAUCCUUCUGAGAGUAUAUUUACUGAAUCGGAACCUCAUGCUUACGACAUUGAUGGUGAGGUGGUUUUAUUAUCGAAUUUGAAUGAUUCGGAACUUAAAUAUUACCAACGGAUAGAACCGUGGGCCGCGGAAAAAUUAAAAGGUUCUUAUGGUGUGCGAUCUUUGUAUCCAAGAUAUGUCGUCUACCUUGACAAAAAAAAACAAGUAAGACUCUUUAUAGGAAAUAAUACUAUACAAGUUUGGAGUGGUAAAAAGCUCGAAUUCAUUCGCAUCGUCAAUGAUAACUCCGAAGAACCAGAAGAACCUUAUGAAAAAUUCAAAAUUAUCAAAGUUAAAUAUGGCGUACGAAAAUUUGACCUUUUAAUUAGCAAAGAAGGAAAAAACAUUCAGAUAAAAAUAGAACAUGAAGAUGAUGUCAUAUACAUAUUAAGAAAUGCAAUCGAUACACUUGUAUAUUUAGAUGGUCAAAGUAAUAAAUCCGUUAAUCUUGCCACUGGGAAUAAACAAAAUUUACUUAUUAAAUAUAUCUUAUUCGCCGGAAAUUAUGUUUCACCCUACGAUAAAUUUGAAAAAUUAUCAAGUACACGCAGCAAGAUCGUGCAGAAACGUCCACUUCAUUCGUGGCUAGUUCCAUUAAAAGAUCUUUUACCUGAUAAAG